AUGAGAAACGUGGUGUGGCCUCCACCCGGCAUAGGUGGCGCGGCGUGCGUAGGGGCGACGCGGCCGGUUGCGGCAGGUCAGUGCUCGCUGGUGCUACGUAUCGCGCCGUCACGAGCACUCGCCAACUCCCCGGCUGGCUUUUACCGUAGCGCCGUUGGAGGCGGGACGCUUUUUGCGAGCGGACCGCGCACGCUCGGCUAUGUCUCGCCGGAGGAUAGAGGCUCGACUCGGCACGCUGGGAGUGGACACAUUUCGGCGCUGUCAGCUGACGUUACU